UGUUUCGCCUUUAUUAUUUCAAUUUCAAUUUUUUUAUUUUUGGAGGGAGAAUUCUCGCUUCCAAUUCUAGAGAGAGGAGACCAGAUCAGCUAAGGUUUUGGAGCGAAACGAAGGAAAUCGAGGUUGUAGUCAUAGUCAACUGCAGCAUACUAAUUACUUGCUGCCAUGGUGGAGAUUGGAUCACAAAAUAUGCAAACCGCUGUAUUGAGUGAUUGCCCGAGUUUUCACAGCAGUCAACAUCCAUCUGGUCGGUUCCCGAAGGUGUCUAUUGGAAUCACAGUCAACAAAUGCCCAAAGACAGGGCCUGAUCUAAUAAAAGAAGACUCUGCUGUCUUGCCUGCUGGAGGGAGAACAGUUUCACGGCAAGCUGCAGAAGAAAUUACCAAACAGAGAACUGUAGAAAGGUUGAAAAGAAACAAAUCCAAGUUUGUUGAAGACAAUAAGGCUUCAGCAUGGUUUCAAACAAGUUCUGUACAAGUAGAGACACCAAGAACAGAUGCAGUUAAGGCCUCUCUAGAUAGGGCAUCACUACUGGAGUCAGAAGAUGGUGUUCACAGAAAACUUGGGACUGUUGCCUAUGGCAACAGAAGAGAGAAGGGUGGAAAUAUUGAAAGAGUGGAAGAAGUUGCUUUUGCUGCAAUGCAAGCGGCACAGUUGGUUGACAAAGAAAAUGCCAUGGAAGAACCUAAAGAAACAACUAAAUUGAACGAGGAAAGAGUAAAUACUGCUUCAUAUGGAAAGAAAAGGGAGAAUAAUGGAGAUGUUGAAAUGAUUAAAGAAGUCGCAUUUUGUACAAAACAAUUGCCAGGUGAGGAGAAAGGCAAAGAACAGGGAAAAGUUGCUAGCUGCAACAGUGAGGCUCUUAAAAUGAAGUUAUGGGAGAUCCUGGGUACAGCUCCUUCGGGGAAUAAACAUCCCAUGAAUUCACCAGACAAUAUGAAGUACACAGAGAAUUUAGAUCUUAGUCAAACUAAGGAAAAUAAGGAGGAGAAAAUAGCCAGAGCAGAGCUGAAGUCACCAGAACUUAAGGAGAAAAAAGAGAAUUUAUGGACAAACCAAGGCAAGGAACAUAAGGAAGUUAAAGCAUCCAGAAUGAAGCCAAUCUUACAUGAAGUUGAAGAGAACAAACAAGAGUUACAUAUAAGAGAAAGCAAGCAGCCUCGGAAAAGGAAAGCUGCCCCCAAACAACACUCUGAUACUAUUGAGACUGAUUCAGAAAGUCCCAAUCAAGCCAUGAGGAGACCAAUCACCCGUUCUUUAACGCGAAAGAAAGCUUCACCAAAAAGAAUAAAGAAAUUCCAGGGUGAUGUUUGCUCCGGAAAGAAGCCACUGACCUCUUCCAGCUCUGAUUUCAAUUUCGAUGUUGAGAAAAGUAACAUAUUUGCCUUUGAAGUAGAAGGUAAAUCGCGAGGGUUAGGUCAUCCUUUGAGCGGUCAGUCUAACAGGUCUAAGGAGAAGAAUAAUGAGAAGGAAUACGUUAAAUUACGAAAAAUUUACUUUUCUAACUCUACCUCAGAAAAGAAUUCACGUAAGAGUGACAAGGAAAAGUCAUCAUCUUCACCAGAUAGGGCAUCAUCAAUGAGCAAGAAAAAAGAGAAAUCUUCUGUACCAUGUCAAAACAAGAAACAGUUUUUGCAAACAGAGGAUGGCACUCAAAACGAUAGCCACUACUCAGAAAGAGCUGAACAAGCUGAUUUUGGUUGUCCUCUGUGGGCAUAUAAAAGAGAUACUUGUGAAAAUGCUGACAGUCCAUUACUUAAAACCAAAAGGCAUUCAUGGGGAUGUGAGAAUUGUUCUCCAGAAGCAAAGCAAGCCUUUCAGCAUAAUGAUGUUACUGGUCGAUCCAUGGGAAGGAAAACCAGUCAGUUGGAUGAUUUCUGUAGUCCAACACUUGCAGUUAAUAUAUCUCCAACUUCAAAUAUUUCACGCGGUAAGGUUUCAUCAAGUCCUCUAGGUACUUCACCUUGCAGCUCAAAGGAUUUAGGUAACGCCAGUCCAGGGUCUUGUCAAUCAGAUGCAGAUACGGAAUCCUCUGAUGAUACUAUAGACAUUGGCAAGCCAAGAGACAUGGAAUCUCCAUACAUGACAGAUGAACCUGAAAAGCAGCAGUCUCUUUCGCCAAUUGAAGAACAUGACACAGAAAGUGAAGUGGAAGACCUCACACGCCAAGGUUUGGGACAGACUGGCAAAUGGUUUCCUAAUACUGAAAGCCCCAAAAAAUCCUCAAUCCCCCUUCAUGACACCAAAAUAAUACGAAGCCUAAACAAUGUUAAAGUGGGUAGAACUAACCUGUCUCCACCUUCUUCUGUAGGAGCCUUCAGAUCUGAAGAAACGAUUGCUUCAUUUGAUGAUUUAGAGCAAUACCCAGAAGGCAGCUUGGCAAGGUGUUUUGUCCAGUUGAUAGUGGCAUUGCAGAAAUUCAAGGCCAGAAUGAAGUCUCACUGCAGCAAAAGAAAAUCAGAGAUAUUGUCAGCUGCAGCAGAUAAGAUCCGUCAGCAACUGGAGGAUGUUGAGUCCCAGAUACUGGGUGACGUGGGAAAAAUUAAUGACCUUGGCAAGUCGAAAAGGAAGCGUCUAGAGUCGAGAUUUCAAGAAAAGCAGGAAAGUAUAAAGCACAUUCAUGACAAGUUCAACGAGGAGAUCAAUCAUCAUCUCUUGGACUGCAGGAGCAUCCUAGAAGAUCUUGAAGCGUGCAAUUUGGAAUUAAAAGGAACUGCAGACCGGCAAAAAGCAUCACAUAGGAAGCUUCUUUCGCAAGUCGCGGAAGCACUUGAGGCUCAGGUUAACACUGCAGAAACAAGCAUUGCUGCAAUCCGCAAGGAUGAAAAAAGAAAGAUGGCUGGUUUAAGACUUGCUCUGAAGGAGUGGAUGGGGGACUGAACCCUAGGUAAUGGAUUCUUUUUCUUAUAUGGUCGAAAUGUAUAACGAUCUCCUAAAAGUCUUUUAUAGUAUGGUAGCAGUUUAAAGCUUGACACCCUUUUUCGCCGCAAUUGUAAAUGGAGGACAGUAAGCAUCACACUUUUUCUCUCUCUCUCUCUACACCAUGUUAAACAACACUAACGAGUCUUCAUCAUGAAGUGUCAUUUUAGCUAGCAGGAGAACCAAUGCUUCGUCCAUAAUAAAUUUUGUUGUGUGCCGUAUAUACACUUGCGAACGAGUCAUUUAGAUUGUACAUGUUGAUGUUAAUGAAGUUGUGUUCUGGUGAUUGUUUCCUGUCUACUUCUAUGUUCAUAC